UCCACGCUGCGCGCCUCACAGGAGGGAGUGUGCGCGUGCGCGUGCACGAGAAGCACGUGCGUGUGUGCGUUCCUCCGGGAUCGCGCAGGCAUGGAGACGCGCGCGUGGCGGCAGCAGUGGAUGCUCCACGCGGGACGUUUCGCGGCUCUUUUUGUUUCCCGCGAAAAGACGCAUUUGGCCCGUUUUGGCAGCAAAAGACGCGCGGAGGCAUUGGCGGGAGGAGCAGCCCCGCACACCCCCCCCACGCCCACAUCUGCUGAGCAGCCCGGACACCAGCUCCACUGCCGGGGGACUUUCCGCGGGAGACUUUCCGCGCGGACGGCAAGAAAGAUGGUGUAACUUUAUGUAGGUCACGCCGAUCAUCGUUGGGAAAAAUUUAAAAAAAAAAAGACUGUUUAUAAUCGAUGCUCCGCUCCGGACCCGCGGAGGGAGGCUGAGCACGCCACGCCCACGCCCUCUCGGCGCGCCAUGCCGGACACUCUCCACGCGCUCCUCCGCGGCAACCGCACAACGGAGCCGCGCACAGUGUCCGCGGGCCGGCCGGCGUGGGUCAUCGGCGUCCUGGCCGGCGUGCUGAUCUUCACCACGGUGGUGGACGUGCUGGGCAACCUGCUCGUCAUCAUCUCCGUCUUCCGCAACCGGAAGCUGAGGAACUCCGGUAACGUGUUUGUGGUGAGUCUGGCCUUUGCGGACCUCGUGGUGGCGUUCUACCCGUACCCUCUGGUUCUGUACGCGCUCUUCCACGACGGCUGGGCGCUGGGAAACACUCAAUGCAUGGUCAGCGGUUUCCUGAUGGGCCUGAGCGUCAUCGGCUCCAUCUUCAACAUCACGGGCAUCGCGGUGAACCGCUACUGCUACAUCUGCCACUCCUUCUCCUACAGCCGGCUGUACAACUACCGCAACACGCUGAUGCUGGUGGCCUUGAUAUGGCUGCUGACCGUGGUGGCCAUCGUGCCCAACUUCUUCGUGGGCUCGCUGCGCUACGACCCCCGCGUCUACUCCUGCACCUUCGCCCAGAACGUCAGCAGCUCCUACACCGUGGCGGUGGUGGUGGUGCACUUCCUGGUGCCCAUCGCCGUGGUAACCUUCUGCUACCUGCGCAUCUGGAUACUGGUCAUUCAGGUGCGACGCAAAGUCAAGACGGAGGAGAGUCCCCGCCUGCGACCCAGCGACCUGCGCAACUUCAUCACCAUGUUCGUGGUCUUCGUGCUCUUCGCCAUCUGCUGGGCGCCGCUCAACCUGAUCGGCCUGGCGGUGGCCAUCGACCCGGCGGGCGUGGGCCCGCUCAUCCCCGAGUGGCUCUUCGUGGUCAGCUACUUCAUGGCGUACUUCAACAGCUGCCUCAACGCCGUCAUCUACGGCCUGCUCAACCGCAACUUCCGCAACGAGUACAAGCGCAUCGUCACCUCCGUCUGGGUCACGCGUCUCUUCGUCACCGAGACCUCGCGGGCCGCCACCGAGGGCCGCAGCCUCCGCAGCAAGCAGACGCCGCCGCCGCCGCCGCCCACGCCGCCGCCACCGCUCAACAACAACCAGUCGCUGCGGGACCGCACCAACAAGAACUGAACAACAGCCCGGAUCUUUCUUUCCAUCAAGUGCUCGGCGCCGUUUCCACGCCAAAAACUAUGUGAACGCUACAUCGGGAUCACGUGUGGCGUCCUUUUUCUCACGCCCACCAGCCACUUCCCAAGCCUCAAAUCGCCCGACUCGCCUCAUCGGAGCACCAACUUAGUAAUGAAAAGACGGGGGGGGUGAUGUCAUCGGGCGACGCCCUCUCGCCAACAGGAAGUGAUAAGAAAAACUAUACUCGGAGCUAAAGACAUGGCAGACAUUCUGUCCACAUGAGACGGACGCACCUCGGUUUUGCUCGACCGCUCCACCAGGUCCAACUAAGACCAAAUCCUGCAAAAACUGAAUCAGAAAGAAAUCAUGGAAACCAAACACCCACAAAUAUGAAAAAAAAAAUACUGUGUUUCUCACCAUCUUUGUCAAAGUGCUGGCACUCACAACUUUUUUUGGCCCCAUGGUACAUUGCUUUGGAGGGGGGAAAAAUUACAGAUUCUGAGUCUGAUGUCCCGGACAUACCUCAGUUUUUGUAGUCAGUUCCAAAAGGUCUUACAAAGACUAAAUCGCCCAAAAACUGAAUCAAUUCCUCCCAAAAGAAAUAAUGUAAAACCAAUUAAUUGGUUCCAAACACCAAAAAUAUGAAGAAGAAAAAAACCUAACAAAUAAUGAAUUUGUUUCCAACACUCACAUAUAUGAAGACAAAAAAAAAAUACUGUGUUUCUCACCAUCUUUGUCAAAGUGCUGGCACUCACAACCUUUUUUGGCCCCAUGGUGCAUUGCUUUGGAGGGGGAAAAAAAUACAGAUUCUGAGUCUGAUGUCCAGGACAUACCUCAGUUUUUGUAGUCAGUUCCAAAAGGUCUUACAAAGACUAAAUCGCCCAAAAACUGAAUCAAUUCCUUCCAAAAGAAAUAAUGUAAAACCAAUUAAUUGGUUCCAAACACCAAAAAUAUGAAGAAGAAAAAAACCUAACAAAUAAUGAAUUGGUUUCCAACACUCACAGAUAUGAAGACAAAAAAAAAUACUGUGUUUCUCACCUUCUAUGUCAAAGUGCUGGCACUCACAACUUUUUUUGGCCCCAUGGUGGAUUACUUUGGAGGGGGAAAAAAUACAAAUUCUGAGUCUGAUGUCCAGGACAUACCUCAGUUUUUGUAGUCAGUUCCAAAAGGUCUUACAAAGACUAAAUCACCCAAAACCUGAAUCAAUUCCUCCCAAAAUAAAUAAUGUAAAACCGAUUAAUUGGUUCCAAACACCAAAAAUAUGAAGAAGAAAAAAGCCUAACAAAUAAUGAAUUGGUUUCCAACACUCACAUAUAUGGAGACAAAAAAAAAUACUGUGUUUCUCACCAUCUUUGUCAAAGUGCUGGCACUCACAACUUUUUUUGGCCCCAUGGUGCAUUAUUUUGGAGGGGGGAAAAAAUACAGAUUCUGAGUCUGAUGUCCCGGACAUACCUCAGUUAUCCUAGUUAGUCCCAAAAAGUCUUACAAAGACCAAAUCACCCACAAACUGAAUACAUUUCUCCCAAAAGAAAUAACGUAAAACCAAUUAAUUGGUUCCAAACACCAAAAAUACGAAGACGAAAUAACCUUAAAAAAAUUAUCAAUCGGUUUCAAACAUCCACAAAUAUGAAGAAAAAACUAACAUUUUACUGUGUUUCUCACCUUCUUUGUCAAAGUGCUGGCACUCACAACUUUUUUGGGCCCCAUGGUGGAUUAUUUUGAAGGGAGGGAAAAAGUACAGAUUCUAAGUCUGAUGUCCCGGACAUACUUCAGUUUUCGUAGUCAGUUCCAAAAGGUCUUUCAAAGACCAAAUUGCGCAAAAACUGAAUCAAUUCCUCCCAAAAGAAAUAACGUAAAACCAAUUAAUUGGUUCCAAACACCCAAAAAUAUGAAGAAAAUUUAACAUUGUUUCUCAAAUUCUUUACCAAAGGGCCGGCACUCACAACUUUUUUUGAGCCCAUGUAGAAUUAUUUUGAAGGAACAAAAAGACAGAUUUUGAGUCUGAUAAAACAUAAUUUCUUUGGUUUUCGUAAUCCGUUCCAAAGACCAAAUGGCUCAAAAACAGAAUCCUUUUUGUCAAAAAGAAAUAAUGUUAAUCCAGUUAAUUGGUUCCAAACAUCCAAAAAUAUGAAGAAAAUGUAGCAUUGUUUCCCCCCUUCUUUGUCAAAGUGAUGGCACUCGCAACUUUUUUGGGCCCCAUGGUGGAUUAUUUAGAAUUUUUUAAAAGAGUAUAGAUUCUUAAUCUGAUGAUCCAAACAUAUCUCAAACUUCUUAAUCUGUUCCAAAAGGUCCGACAAUGACUAAAUCGCUCCAAAACUGAAUCAGUUUUUUCCAAAAUAAAUAAUAUUAAUCCAUUUAAUUGGUUCCAAACAUCCAAAAUAAUGAAAAAAAUGUAACAUUGUUUCUCCCUUCUUUAUCAAAGUGCUGGCACUCGCAAUUUUUCUGGCCCCAUGGUGGAUUAUUUUGAAUUUAGAACAAAGUAUGGAUUCUAAAUCUGAUGAUCAAGACGUACCUCGAACGUUUUAGUCUGCUCCAAAAGGUCCGACAAAGACCAAAUAGCGUGGAAACUGGAUCAGUUUCUCCCAAAAGAAAUCAUGUCAAACCAAAGCACUGGCACUCGCAACUUUUUCCGGCCCCAUGGUGGAUUAUUUUGAAUUUUUUAAAAGAGUAUAGAUUCUUAAUCUGAUGAUCCAGACAUAUCUCAAACUUCUUAAUCUGUUCCAAAAGGUCCGACAAUGACUAAAUCGCUCCAAAACUGAAUCAGUUUUUUCCAAAAUAAAUAAUAUUAAUCCAUUUAAUUGGUUCCAAACAUCCAAAAUAAUGAAAAAAAUGUAACA